CCUCCCUCCAGGAUUACAGCUUGAGGAAGACUUAGUGACUGACACAUGUUGCACAUUUCCUAUCUGCAAACCAUCUCUCAGAGCAAAAAAAAAAAAAACAACAAAGAAAAGCUGAGUUUGGAAGGUGUGUUUUUGCCUGAAGACUGGACAGUGAAGAUGAGGAAUGGACCUUCAUCAGGGGAAGAGUGUUCCCUGGUCCCAGAUGGAAGAUGUGGAUGUGAUCAGUGUUUUAAGCUGCAGGAGAGGAACCAUGACUUAAAGAAACAUUGCUGAAGAAGCCAGAAGACAGAGGGGGAAGGUGGGUUCAUGUGGAGUGAAUGGGACAGGAGAGUUGGACUCAAAUGCAUAGUUCAGGAAUGAACAUUACCCCAGCGAUGGCGCCACUGUCUCCAGGGCUGAGUGGCAGCCCACCACUGACUUCACCUAAAAAAGCCACCUUUCAGUCUUUAGGAUCUCUGUCCACAGGAAUGUUUUCCCCUUCCCUUUCCAAGAGCUCCUGUCAUCAAACAAAGCACAAUUCAAGCCCCUUAAAUUCAUCGAGCCAGUCUAUCAUGACCUCCCCAAAACUCUGGCACAAAGCUUCCAUCUCUAGACUUGCAGAGGAGUUUUUCUGGAUCGGUGGCAGUGUGGUUGCACAGCCUAAAUGGAGACUGGGUCAGAUAGUGGAGAGAUGUAUGUGCACCAUGCAGACUGGCACUCAGAUGAUUAAACUGAAGGGGAAAAAGAAAGGGCUGGUCCGAUUCUUCUACUUGGACGAGCAUAAGUCCUGCAUCCGGUGGCGGCCCUCCAGAAAACAUGACAAGGCCAAAAUCACUAUUGAUUCAAUCCAUGAAGUCUGUGAGGGGAAGAAGUCAGAGAUCUUCAGACGUUACGCAGACAACCGCUUCGACCCAAACUGCUGCUUCAGUAUUUAUUAUGGAGCUCGUGUCAAGUCUCUGGACCUGGUCACCACCAACUCAGAGGAGGCCCGGACCUGGAUCACCGGGCUGAAGUACCUCAUGGCUGGCAUCAGUGAUGAAGACAGUCUGGCCCGGAGGCAACGUACCCGUGAUCAAUGGUUGCAGCAGACGUUCUCUGAGGCCGACAAGAACGGAGACGGCACCUUGAGCAUCGGAGAAGUUCAUCAGCUGCUUCACAAACUAAACGUGAAUCUACCCAAGCAGAAAGUCAGGGAGAUGUUUCAGGAAGCCGACACAGAUGAAAACCAGGGAUCUCUGGGCUUUGAAGAGUUCUGUUCAUUCUAUAAGAUGAUUUCCACACGUAGAGACCUCUACCUGAUCAUGAUCUCCUACAGCAAUCAAAAAGAAGUCAUGGAUCUGCAUGACCUCGCCCGCUUUCUGGAGAAUGAACAGAAGAUGCGAGGUCUUGCAAGGGAACAUCUAGUUGACAUUGUGGCCAAGUUUGAACCUUGUCCUGAGAACCUGCAGCACAUGGUACUGGGAAUUGAUGGUUUUACCAACUUCAUGCGGAGCCCUGCAGGUGAUAUCUUCAACCCUGAACACAACCAGGUGAACCAGGACAUGACGCAGCCUCUGUCUAACUACUUCAUUGCCACAUCACAUAACACAUACCUGACCGGAGAUCAGCUCCUGUCUCAGUCCAGAGUGGAAAUGUACGCUUAUGUUCUCCAGGCUGGCUGUCGCUGUGUGGAGGUGGACUGUUGGGAUGGGCCAGACGGGGAACCCAUUAUUCAUCACGGUUACACCUUGACAUCAAAAAUUCUCUUCAAAGAUGUUAUUGAAACAAUUAACAAAUACGCCUUCACAAAAUCACAGUACCCGGUGAUCUUGUCCAUAGAGAACCACUGCAGUGUGCCUCAGCAGAAGAAGAUGGCUGAAUAUCUGAAGGAGGUGUUACAGGACAAACUGGACUUGUCCAAUGUAAAUGUGCACGAAUGCAAGAAGCUGCCAUCGCCUGAGAUUUUAAAAGGGAAAGUCUUAAUCAAGGGGAAAAAACUGCCUGCAAAUCUUGAUCCUAAUGCAGAGGAAGGUGAUGUGUCUGAUGAAGACAGUGGGAAUGAGGAAGAGGAAGACAACGAUGAUGAUGACGAUAACUCACAGGAUGAAAAUAAUGGCACCUCUGCCAAUCAGCCUAAAAAGAAAAGACGGUUUGGCAGAUCAAUCAUGAGAAGCUUUAAACGAAAGAGGAAAAAGAAAAUACGGGGAAAAAAUAAAGUGGUCUCUGAUGGAGAAUCAGACUACAGCAGCAGCAGAGAGAGGACACAAAUUGUUUACCAUCCCAAGAAAAGGAAAACAAUGAGAUUGUCUCGGGCUCUGUCUGAUCUGGUCAAAUAUACAAAAUCUGUCCGUGUGCAUGACAUAGAAACACAAGCAUAUGCCAACAGUUGGCAGGUAUCAUCCCUCAAUGAGACUGUUAUGAACCAGAUCUUACAGCUGAAACCAGGGGAGCUGGUCCAUUUCAACCAGCGCCAACUCCUAAGAGUCUACCCCUCCAACUACAGAGUGGACUCAAGCAACUUUAACCCACAACCGUACUGGAAUACAGGAUGCCAUAUGGUUGCAAUGAAUUAUCAAACAGAAGGGCGCAUGCUUGAACUCAACCGAGCCAAGUUUGCUAGCAAUGGAAACUGUGGAUAUAUAUUGAGGCCUAAGUGCUUAUGUAAAGGUGCCUUUAAUCCAAUGUCAGAGGAUCCUCUACCAGGACACAGAAAGACUCAGUUAGUGCUGAAGAUCAUCAGUGGACAGCAGCUUCCAAAACCAAAAGACUCAAUGUUUGGGGAUCGGGGGGAGAUAAUUGAUCCUUUUGUUGAGGUGGAGAUUAUUGGUCUACCAUCUGACUGUUCUAAGCAGCAGACCAGGGUAGUGGAUGAUAAUGGUUUCAACCCAAUGUGGGAGGAGACGCUCGUCUUCAACAUUCAGAUGCCACAAGUUGCUCUGGUGCGUUUUGAGGUGUGGGACCAUGAUCCUAUUGGACGAGAUUUCAUUGGACAGAGGACUGUAGCACUCAAGAGCAUGAUGCCAGGUUAUCGUCAUGUGUAUCUGGAGGGAAUGGCAGAGGCUUCCAUUUUUGUUCAUGUUGCCAUUAUUGAUAUAACAGGAAAGAGUAAACCUUCAAAUGCUGUACACGCGGCCCGGAAACACUUCCAAAAAGCUGCACAGAAACAUAUGAAAGGAAAUCAAAGACUCCCCUCUGUGGAUUUUUCAGUCCUGUCGUCAGAAGAUGGACGUGCUACACACUUCUUUAAGGACAUGGACAGCAUGUCUCAGGACAGCAGGAAUGGAGAAAUACCUCCUAUGAUACAAGGGCCAGCUGCCAAGGCAGCCAUUCACAAAGGAGCCAUGAGUGAACCUGUGAGGCGAGCACACAGAGUUAAAAUUCAUGAACCACCAAAACCAAAGAGAGGGAUCCUCAGCCGCAUGGCCUCCAUUGACUCCCCAUCUACUUCUCCCUAUGUUAGAACUGAUAGUUUGGACAUUGAGACGUCAUCCCAGGCUUCUUGUCCUGAUAGCCCCGCUCUCGUCAGCUUUAAUCCAGUUCUGGAAGAGUUUGAGAGUGAAUCUGAAUUACCAGAAUCAAACUGUGUUGAAGCACUGACAGUUCGGACUAGCGAACCAGAGCUCCCUGAACUAUCAGAGGAGCCACCAAUAGAACUGGAGUCACAUGAAUCAAAGGUACUUGAGAAAAAAAUGCACAAUCAAACUGAUUCAGUCCCUGAGCCUGAGCCUGAACUUGAACCUGUAUCUGAUCUUGGGACUAAGCCUGAGCCUGAGCCUGAGUCUGAACCUGAAACGGAUCCUGAGCCCGGGCCUGGGGCUGGGCCUGAGCUUGGGCCUGAGCCUGACCCUGAACCUCAAUCUGAGCCUGAGCCUGAACCUGAGCCUGGACCUGAACCUGAAUUUGAACCUGAGCUACUGCCUCCGCCCAAGCCUGAAGUCCCACUUAUUCCACCACCAUCUCCUGCCAGGGUCAGACGGACUUUGGAAGCACCAGCCAUACCCCGACCAUCAACUCCAGUACGAAUGAAGCCUCGCUCGCGCAGUUGCCCUCGAAAACAGGCUGUAUCGUCUCCUCAGACACCGAUGGUGAUCCGAAAGCCUGCUCUCCACUGGCAGACACAGCAAAAACCCAAGUACAGCAGCUACAGCAACCAGGUGAGGCCUAUACCCAACGGCCUCUGCCUGUCAGACAGCACAUCAAACAGCAGCAAUGGCAGCACUGACAGCCUAGAGUUUGUACCCACCUGUGUGCCAGACAGUGCAGAUCAACGUGAAGGCACUUUACAGAGGGAGAUGAAGGCUCUUUUUGACCAGAAGAUGAAAGAGAUCCGCUGUAAAUCACCGCUUUUUCUAGAAGAUUAAAUACGCGACAGCAAAAACAGCAAGGCCUCUCAGAAGAUGAGCAACAUCAGUAAAAAAGACAAUGUGUGGGAGAACAGAUAGAGUAGGGCUGAGUCACAAAGCGAUUCUGAGUUCCUUGCUAAGUAAACAUGAAGACAUCAACAAGAGUUACACAAGUAGCUAGUUUUUAUUAUUAAAGGUCUGUUGCGAUGUUUACAGUCCACACUGCUGCAUAUACACAGCUGGAAUGUUUACAAAAUCACUGCAUGAAAUAGCUUUUAAAAUGUUGAAAUAAUGUCAUGUCAUUGCCAAUUGUACAGCAUUGUGUAGGAAAGUGCAGUAACAUUAGAAAGUCUUAAGUAUUCAUCACUAUUUGCUAAUAAAAUUUUUACUUUUCAA